CUUUGCGUCAACCGAAUCUUGAUAAAGUAUAUCUAGCAUACGCAGGUGAAUAUACUCUCUGGUUGAAUUAACUACUUUUCGUAUCUUCUUAUUCAAUCUCGUAUCUAUCAACCUUUCCACGUUUUUAUCAUUGAGCAUCCCCACAAUGACCACUCCUAUUCCAAGCCCACCAGCGCUGCCGCUUGUCGGCAAUCUUCUCAACGUGACCGGUGCACAACCUGGAGAAAGUGCACUGAAACCAUUUGAGCGACUUGCAGACGAAUACGGUCCGAUCUACUGCCUAUGGCUCGGCGGGAGCGAACGCAUCGUCGUGGCAAACUAUGCACUUUUCGAAGAACUGUGCGACGAAACUCGCUUUCUCAAAACGGCGGGACAGGCACUGGAAGGACUCAAUGAGCUACGCAACACCGGGGCGAGAGGCAUGUUCACUUCUCCAAGCGAGAAAGACCCGGAUUGGGGACAGGCGCAUAGGAUCUUGAUGCCGGCAUUUGGGCCUUUGGCCAUACGGGAUAUGUUUGAUGAGAUGCACGAUAUCGCUAGUCAGCUUGCGCUGAAGUGGGCGCGUCUUGGCUCUGAAUAUAAGAUCCCAGUGACCGAAGACUUUACGCGUCUAACCUUAGAUACUAUCGCCAUAUGUGCAAUGGACUACCGGUUCAAUUCCUUCUACCAAGAUGAGAUGCAUCCCUUCGUGCAAGCCAUGAUAGGUGUGCUGUCCGAGGGCGCCUCACGACUGAAAACGCCAAAGUUGGUGCAAAAGUUCAUGUACAGGAGGAACGAGCAGUUGAGAAUCGACUCCAAGUACCAGAUGGACGUCGCAAUAGAUCUGGUGAAGAGGAGGCGAGAGCAUCCGUCCGAGAAGAAGGACCUUCUCAACGCGAUGAUCCAUGGCAAAGAUCCAAAAACUGGAGAAGGGAUGCGCGAUGACUUGAUUGCCGCGAACAUGAUCACAUUCCUGGUUGCUGGACAUGAGACUACGUCAGGCCUACUCUCGUUCGCGUUCUACUACCUACUCAAGAACCCUGCGACAUACUUCAAAGCUCAACGAGAAGUUGACAAUGUGGUCGGCCAAGGUAAAGUCACAGUCGACCACAUGAAGCAGUUACACUACAUCGAGGCUGUUCUGCGGGAAACGCUUCGGCUUGAACCUACAGCGCCUGCCUUCGUUAGAGGACCGCGACCCGAGAAUACGGACCCAUUUCCUACCAUAGGAGGUGGAAAGUACGCAUUGAAGAAAGAUUCGCAGGUUAUGUGUUUGCUUGGCAAGAUACAGCGCGAUCCCGCCGUUUAUGGAGAGGAUGCGAACGAGUUCCGACCGGAGAGGAUGCUAGAUGAGCAUUUCAAUAGACUGCCAAAGCAUGCAUGGAAGCCAUUCGGAACUGGGAUGCGUGGCUGCAUCGGACGACCAUUUGCCUGGCAGGAAGCGCUUCUGGUCAUGGCUAUCCUGCUUCAAAACUUCGACUUCAGGCUGGACGAUCCACGAUAUGACUUGAAAGUCAAGUCCGCAUUGACAGUGAAGCCGGACGGACUGUUUAUCAGGUCUUCGAUGAGAGCUGGAAUCACAGCUUCCGGACUGCAAGAGCGACUAUCGGGCUCAUCAGACGGAUCAAAACCUUCGCCUUCCCCUGACGACAUAUCUAAGUCUUUGAGAGGGAUGCAUGUCAGUGCUUGUUCGAGACGGAAGAUGACCAUCCUUUACGGUUCCAAUACCGGGACGUGUCAAGCAUUUGCGCAGAAGCUCGCCUCUGAUGCCCAUGCGCGCGGUUUCGAUGCCAAAGUAGCCGACAUGGACUCCGGCGUCAAUUCUCUGCCAAGUAGUGAGCCAGUGGUGAUCAUUACAGCGUCUUACGAAGGCCUAGCUCCUGACAACGCUACUCAAUUCGUGAGCUGGCUGGAGUUUCUGGAUGAUGUAUCAGCAUUAAGCGGUGUCCAAUACUCUGUCUUUGGUUGCGGCCACAAAGACUGGAGCUCCACAUUCCACCGGAUACCCAAGCUGGUUGAUUCAGAACUAGAAAAGUUAGGUGCAACAAGAAUAGCUGAGCGUGGGUCAUCCGAUGCUUCUCAAGGAGAUAUGUUCACCGACUUCGAAACUUGGGAAGAGAACACCUUCUGGCCUGCGGUCACUGCCAAUUUUGGCGCUGCUCCCGCAUCUGCGCAACCUAUAAGAAAAGGUCUCGACAUAGAGAUAUCAACAUGUGCCCGCGCAGUACAGCUGCAGCAGAACGUGAAGAACGGCAGCGUACUCAAAGCGUGGGUAUUGACAGCCCCGGGGGAAUCCGAGAAGCGCCACCUCGAUAUCAAGCUUCCGGAAGGGAUGACGUACAGCACUGGUGACUACCUUACUGUGCUGCCAUUGAACCCCGAUGCUAGUGUUCACCGGGUACUCAAAAGAUUCUCGAUUCCUGGAGAUGCAGUGAUAACCAUCAAGGACGGUGGUCCGGUUACAUUGCCUACAGACAAACCUGUUUCUGCGUACGAUCUUCUGAAGGGCUUUGUUGAGCUCUUACAGCCUGCCACGAAGAAGGAUCUACAAAUAUGCAUCGAGCAGACAACAGACCCACAAGCCAUCAAAAGUCUCGACAUGCUCCACACAUCCCUCUAUCAUGCAGAAGUACUAGCGAAGCGCAUCUCCCUUCUCGACCUUUUGGAGGCUCAUCCUGCGAUUUCUCUUCCAUUUGCCACCUUCCUUUCGCAGAUGCCUCCGAUGCGCUCGCGACACUACUCCAUCUCUUCGUCUCCUCUACGGGACCCUUCUGUCUGCAGCAUAACGUAUGGUGUUCUCAACACCACUUCGCUAGCCGGAACGUCACAUUUUCAAGGCGUGGCAGGCACCUACCUCUCCUCUUUGGGGCCAGGCGACGCUAUCCAAAUCAAUGUUCGACCUGCGCCACCAGCAUUCCACCUGCCGGCAAGCCCGACGAUCCCGAUUUUGAUGUUCUGUAAUGGGACAGGCUUAGCACCAUUCCGCGGAUUCAUACAGGAGCGCGCAACCAUGCUCUCGGCAAAUCCAGAUGCACGUCUCGCGCCUGCACUGUUGUUCAUCGGGUGUCGGUCUCCGACAACAGACGCGUUGUACUAUUCUGAGUUCGCCCAGUGGGCAAAGAUGGGCGCUGUAGACGUGCGAUACGCAUACAGUCGUGAGUGGGGACACACCGACGCCCAGGGUUGUAAGUAUGUUCAAGACCGCAUGUGGAAGGACAGUAAUGAUGUGAGUGAGAUGUGGAGGGCUGGUGCGAAAGUGUUUCUUUGUGGCGGUCCAGGAAUGGUAGAAGGUAUCAAAGUGAGUGCAAAACGAAUCGUGGAGAACAGCAUGGGCAGUGUAGAUGAUGAGGAGGUGGAGAACUGGUUCAAGGGACUUAGGAACGAGAGGAUCGUGGUGGACGUCUUUGCUUGAGAGGUAUGGUCAAUGGCGAUUUUCUCCCUGAAUGAUUGUCUCGCCAGCUUGAGCGUGCACACCACCUGCCUGAAUCGCUCUACAAGAUGGCGGACGUAAACAUGAACACGUCAGAUCCUUCAAAUUUGGAUCAAACACGACGUCAACGCAACGUACAUUCUCUACUAAUUGUGGAAUCGACAGCAU